UGUAGUAGCAGCAUCGACAGUAUUAUUACUAGUCCCUCAAGCAUCGCGAAACAACAUGUCUCUUAAAGUUAUCGCUCUGGCUUCCUUGCUGGCAGUUGCAAGUGCAAAGCCAGGCCUUUCUCAGAGCUAUCAGGCUCCAGGAUCUUCCUUCGGUGGUUCUGCAGGAGCUGCCAGUUUCCUCCGACCUGCCGCAAGACCUGCCGUCAACUUCGGAGGGGCUGCUUCUGGUGGAGCCUACAACCCACCCGUCUCUCCAGUAACUCGCCCUCAGUACAACUUCAACUAUGCUGUCAACGAUGCCUUUGGUAACGAUUUCGGACACCAAGAGGGGCGUGAUGGAUACAACACUCAGGGAUCCUACUACGUGCAGCUUCCCGACGGUCGUCUGCAGAGAGUCACUUACACUGUCAACGGCGACCAAGGAUACGUGGCUCAGGUGACAUAUGAGGGAGUGGCUCAGUACCCUGCCUUCCAGCCUUCUGCCUCCUAUUCGCCCGCACCUUCUUAUGCUUAGGGUUUGCAAGCCGCGGGGCAUGUGUCGGAUGUUAAUAUGUAUAUAUAUAUAUGUAUACAUAUAUAUUUUUAUUUUGUAA